UGCCAUGUAUGGAAUGAGUUAUGUGUAGCUGAAAAUAACGAUGUAAUUCUAAUUAGAGUCAUUGAAAUUUCUGAACUUUACUAAAAAUUCAAAAUGUCAAAUGGAGUACCAUGGUUUUGAAAAAUUACCAAUAUCAUGUGAUUCGCGUCGUGUAGUCACGUGACUCUCGAAAUGCGGAAAUAAAACUGUUUGAAAGCUACGACCAAAAUUACAUUGGAUUUUCUGAAAUCAGUUGUUAUUGGAUCAUGGAAAAAACUACAACAGACGAUAUCUAGUUGUUUUAAGAAUAUACAGAUGGGGACAAGAGUCCAAAAUAUCAACUAACAACAGAUUAUCAACAACAACAACAAACAACAACAGUAUUAUCACAUACAGGACUUAUAGUGGAUUACAAACAUGAUGAGUGCCAGCCAGGUUCUGUUGUUCCUUGGACUGUGUGUUGUGCUAACUAUGGGUCAACAAUGGUCCUGGAGCCCAUGGGACCCUAACAAUCCAUCAAAUACAGACUGGCAACAGGCAGGAACAGAUCAGAGUAAACCCUUUUAUGAGAAUGACCCAUUUAAUCCUUGGUGGAGAUACAAUCCAGAGGUGAGGGCACGUACACUGUAUGGAGACAUAGCAGGCUUCAGUAUUCCUAUAGAGGAGAGAGAAAACCCGACCACUGGAGAAAUCUACAAGAAAAGAAUGAAUUUAUUUCUGGGAGUUCCUUAUGCUAAGCCCCCCAUUGAUAAUCUGCGUUUCAUGAGACCUGUUAAGCCUGUGUUCCCAACAAGGAUCUGGGAGGCCAAGUCAUACCCCCCAGCCUGCCCCCAGCCACUCUGGUACAUCAAGAGAGAUAUACCAUCAUUCACAAAUAGGAACAUUAGUGAAGACUGCCUUUAUCUCAACAUAUUCCAACCCAAUAUAAGCAGCAAUCCUGCGAGCCACAGGUAUCCAGUGAUGGUCUACAUACAUGGGGGUGACUUCCUCUAUGGGUCUUCAGAACAGGCUCCAGGACUUAUCAUCGCACAACACGACAUUGUAUUUGUGGCGAUGAAUUACAGAUUGGGGGCACUUGGUUUCAUGAGUACCCAGGAUGCAUAUUCUUGGGGUAACUAUGGGUUAUGGGACCAGAAACUUGCCUUGGAGUUUGUUAAAGAUAACAUAGAGAACUUUCAGGGUGAUCCAGACAGAGUGACUCUAGUAGGUUCAGGGGCAGGGGGUCAGAGUGUGGGGAUGCACAUGGUCAGUCCACGCACCAGGUCUCAAGGUUAUUUUCACAAAGUGAUAUUACAAAGUGGGACUGACAUUAGUCCACAGGCCUCUGUAGAACCAUUCUGGAGACCUGAGACAUUUGCUGAAGACCUGGGAAGACUUGUUAACUGUCCCACAAACAAUCAUGGACGAAUGGUGCGUUGUCUGCAGGAGAGGAACUUUAAUGAGAUUCUCAGUGCACAGUUUAGGAUUGGUCUUCAAGCUAAGGAAGCAUGGAGACCAGAGUCAAAGCAUUGUCCUGGUGCAACUACCAGACCUGGUACAGUUGAGAACCCCUGGGCUCCUGUACAAGAUGGUAUAUACAACUUCCUGCCUGAAACACCCAUUGAUCUCAGGUAUUCAGAAACAUUUUCCAAAGUGCCAAUGAUGAUAGGUUUCAACAGACACGAUGGUGCAGAAAAAGCAAAUUAUACAAUCAGGAACCUGGAGAAUGGACUGGAGGAGUCAGCGUACCAGCAAGCUAUCUGUCAGUACCUAGAUGACUAUAGGAUUUACCAUCUAGACAAUGCAUUUGAAGCCAUUCACUUCCACUAUUCCUGGCAUGCUGAACCAAACAAUGACACAGCACGUAGGGAAAUGUUAUAUGAUCUUUAUACAGACCACAGGUUUGGUUCACCUGCAGACACCCUCAUCAGGAAACAGAUGGAUCAUGCAGAGACCUACAUGUAUAUGUUUGGAUACAGGUCAUACCAGGAGGAGAAAAGUCCAUAUUGGAUGGGUAUAACAAAGGAAUCUGAGGUCCAGUACACACUAGGGUUCCCAUUGAUCAACAUCACCACUGAGAACUACACACGUAUAGAAACACCAUAUUAUGACUGGAUGGACCAGAAUAUCUCUGACUUUAUGGUCACUCUAUGGACAAACUAUAUCAAAGAUGGUGUCCCUACACCCUAUAGAAUUCGCAAUGUUACAUGGGAGCCAUAUAAUAUGUACAACUUGACCUAUCUGUGGGUAGAUGAGUGGCCAGAGAAUAGAAUUAGAUAUAGGCAGAAAUACUACUCUUUUUGGCAGGAUUAUUUCCCACAGAUAUCUGAAAGAGUCAUAAAUAUUGUCACAGCUACCCCUACAGCUAUAGGUCGGGAGUAUCGGUACUCAACUUGGGGGAUGACAGCCUUCACUGGUUUGCUUCUUAUCUUCAUUAUAGUAAUGUCAAUACUACUCUGGCGACAACAUAGGAAAAAUGUUGAGGCGAGAGACUGGAUGACUAGUACAGAAUUUAGUUCAGUGACUAGAAAUAGAACAUUCAUGGAGUCACAUGACAGUUUCGGGGCUCCGAGAUUACGAUAGCAUAGCGUCGCCUUUGUCAUCUUUCAUUGCAAAUGUAACCACAUCAGUUUGGAUUUUUAUCAGCUACUGCAUCAACAAGUAUUCCAGAAGGAGCAUUGUGCAUAUGAGUAGUACUGUGAACUGUGACAGUAAUAUUGUGAGUUGUGCCAACAGCAUUGUGUGCAGGUGUCAAGAGUAUUGUGGAGUGUGACAAGACUAUUGUCACUGAGGCACAAACAUAUUUUCACCAGAAUAGAAUGUUCAAUAAAGUCUCGUCAUGGGAACUUCAGAAUUGGAGUUACAAUGUACAUUGUAUUGUGAUUUAUCACAGAAAUAGAGGGAUGUUCUGUACACAUUGGAAUUUAUGCAGGAAUGACAACUCAGGACUUCAGUGGAAACCAUUUUCAACAUCUUCAUUGACUUAUAAAAUGAAUGACAACCGCCAUAUUUCAGCCUCCAUAACUUGAAAUCUUGAAUGAUUGACUGGAGAAAUGAUAACAAUCACUUUACAUGUAUUUUAACAAGAGUUAUGUGUAAUUGUUGUAUUCUAUUUUUCAAUGCAAGAUGAAUUGUUUUAAGGUAAUGCUUAACUUCUAUAUCCUGAUACAUGUGAAUCCAUGAGUGUUUUACUUCUAGAAUAUUGUAUUAAAUAUUUGUAUACUGUAAAUUUUGAAUUUUAUUUUUCAAUCUCAUUAAUUCUUAUUGUUAGUAAUUUUAUAUUGUAAUUUUGUUAAAGAUGUUGUCCAAUUGCCAUAAUGGUCAUUUUUACAAAACUGAUGGACAAUUGAAUCCCAUUUAUUCAGACUUCAAUCUAAAUUAAUCAGGCAUUUACAUAAAAUUAAAAUCAUACUUCAUGCGAUUUGUAUUAUGUAUUAGAUUUAAUGGUAAUAUUGUUGGUAGUCAUUGAAUUUGUUGUGGAGUAAAUAAAUGUACAAAUGCUGAAGUAAUCCUGAUUGAAA